GUUCUCGUGCACUUGGAGGGGACCUGGCGGGAGGCCGGGAAUGACGACCGGACUCAGGCUGCGGGUUUGGAUCGGGGCAGGAACCGACAGAUGGUGGUGAACCCAGGGGGAGGACCCCUCGCCAGGUCUCCACCUUCCCGCACUCCUGCCGUUCAGCAUCUCACUCUCAUCAGCACUGUUGAAAGAAGGAAAAAUGCCGGUGCUAUCUCCUGAAAUCAAAUUUGAGACUUCUUAUGUCACCAGAAAUUCCCUUGACGGCUGUUUUCUUUUUGAGAGUCUUUGGAGGAAAGCAGUUUUAGAAACACAAAAGAUGAGGAAAGACUACACGACAGCAUUUGGUCUGGAAGAGCUCAAAAAACGUGUCAAAAUGCCAUAUAUACCAGGACUGCAAAGUUGCCAAAACAGUGUGAGUUCAUCUGCCCUGGCGGUUCGUGGUAGACUGCUGGGUGCUGAUACCGAGAUGCUUCGAGCCAGUGAGAACACGUUGAGUUGCCUACAAGUGUUUUGUUCUCCUUUGCAUAUUACCCAGGAGGAAAGCAGGCAAAGCAGGAUGAAGAAGAUUAAGGAGACAUGCUCUGUGGUACCACGCCAUGAGAAAUCAGAAGGUUCUGGCUUCAGCGAUCCUCUCAACGGAGCACCAUCUGAAUACUUACAAAGACUUUCCCAAAUGGCCAUACUGGAGUAUAAUACCAUUCGUCAAGAAACAACCAGAAAAUCAAGAAAGGGUAAGAAACAAGAGCUACGUGACUGCUAA